CACAAAGCUCAGCUGGAUGUCACUCUCUCCCCUCAGUCGGUAAACAGUCCUGUGUGUUGCCAGCCUGCCUAGUCCGUUAACUGGACUUGUUUUCAGAGAAUGGAGCUCCAGUAAAAACAACAACAACAACAACAACAACAACAACAACAAGCCGCAGACGAUGUUUACCGUCUCUGCGUGCAACAUUAUCUAACUCCCGACUUGCUCGCAAUUUCAGCAAUUGCACAACAGCGUCGGUUCGGCUAACCGCUAGCUAGCAGCCGCUGUCGGCGCCCAGGCAGCAGCCGGCUUCGCAGCGCCGGGCCGAGAUGACGACAGGUCUGUGUGUGACCGUCCUCACCGCGAGACAGGCGUGGUAGCCACGGACACCGGCCCCCGCUUCCAGGUCCCCGUUGUCGGGAGGAGAAUCUGUUGAGUCAAGCUAGCGACACGUACACCCAGCCCAGCAGUUGGCUCGUAAAUUUAACUGCCCCCGCCCCUACAGUUUGCUGUGCUGCGGUCUCGUCCUCGCCUUUUCCAAAGUCUGUUAAUAUGAGCGCAAUGCGUGUGGAUGCCAAAGUGGUGAUGCUAGGAAAGGAGAGUGUGGGGAAGACCAGCCUGGUGGAGAGAUAUGUUCAUCAUCGCUUCCUGGUCGGCCCGUAUCAGAACACUAUUGGUGCUGCUUUUGUUGCCAAAACGAUCCAGAUGGGAGAGAAAGUGGUUACCCUGGGAAUAUGGGACACAGCUGGAUCAGAGCGUUACGAAGCGAUGAGCAGAAUCUAUUACAGAGGAGCCCGGGCGGCCGUAGUCUGCUAUGAUCUGACUGACAGCAGCAGUUUCCAGCGAGCUCGGUUCUGGGUGAAAGAGCUGCAAAACUGUGAGGAGCACUGUAAGAUCUACCUGUGUGGCACUAAGAGCGAUCUGAUUGAAGGAGAUCGGAGUUUGCGCCAAAUCGACUACCACGAUGUUCAGGACUUUGCUGAAGAGAUUGGCGCACAACAUUUUGAGACCUCCAGUAAAACAGGAAAUAAUGUGGAUGACAUAUUCCAGAAAGUUGCAGAGGAUUACAACAGUACUGCCUUCCAGUAUAUGACCGCAGAAGAAACCGGCAUUGACUUGGGCCAGAAGAAAGACUCAUAUUUCUACACCUGUUGUCAUAACAACUGAUGCUGAGGAACAUGAAGGGAACCAGAAGUGGUCACCUUCCCUCAGCUGGAGUCAAACCUGGGUGGGUGUCCGAUAUCUCCGCUUUGGAGCUGGUAUCCAAAUCACAGAAGAAGAACUAAUCAAACAGUUCUGUUUAUACCUUGUUAGAUGUUUAUUUCUUUUGUGCCAUAAAGAACAAAAGGCUGCAAGGCUAAGGAGCUGGAUCUGCUACGGCUGCAACUGUUACUGGGUGGAGAGGGAUUUUAAAAACCAACACUUCCACUUUUUUGCCCAGUCAUGUCCUGUUUUUUAUCCCAAAUCUACUGGUCACUGUAGCUCUGAGCUUGACCAUAUCAUUGGGAUAAACCCGGCUCUGUGGUGACCUGUUGCAGUGAGGAAUUUAAAAAACUGUGCUGCCUGAAAGGAAGGAUCCUAUUGAACCCUGACUGGCAGAGAAAACACUAUUGAUGCUGUUUGUGGUUGUAGCAAGUACAGUGCUACAGGAUGGUGAAUGGUUUGUUUACAGCAGUUAAUUUUUUGUUUACAUUCAACUGUGAUUAAGCUAGUUGUGGAAACCCCAUCUGUUGGGCCUGCACACCUUCGAUGACGCCUACACGAAUGGAGUGAAGCCGAGGAAAGACUGAUGUUCUCAGCCAUACUUCCUCGAAACGAACCUUUUGCGAAUCUGGUAUAACAUAUGAAUGAAAAGAUACCAGUGAUCUUUAUAAAGGCCUUGAUAUGCAUAGUAGAAAUGACAGGACCAUGCAUGUGUCUGACAUUAACUUUCUAGAGCUUUAGCUCAUCAGCGUUUACCAUUACCACCACUUUUGCCAUGUUGACAGCCAUGGAUGUCUUAAGAGAGCUAAUGCGACGCAACCAUUGAGCCUUCCUGCUAAUUUUCACCCGUGUGAUACUGCAACGACAACAAAAAAUCUCCCCAGCAAUUUCGACCAUCAUUAGAGACGUCUGUCAAACUGUCGACAGGAAACAACAAACAAGCUCAGUUCAAACAAGGUGACAAUGAUUUUUUUAAAGCCAUGACUGUUUAAUAUUUGUGAAACAUUGAAGCUGUUCUUGUUUGUGUGAUGCCCACCCAAAGUUAAGUCUAAGAUCACUAACACCCAGCAGUGGGCCCACACUGGCAAAUCUGGAAGACUUGACCAGGCGCUAACCUGGAGUCCAGUUCUUAUGAUACAUCCAUGCUGACAGUAUCUACAAAAUGCAUUCUUUGGCAAAUCUGAAGGGCAGUUUUCUACAUUUAAACUCUAAAUUUCUCUAUUUUGGAAACAUUUAAUUUCUAGCAGGGGAAUGUUCCUUCAAAGAAGAACUCCACUUCUACAGAAAAGGUGAUGAUCAAAGUUCCCCUCGGCUGUGAUCUGAAACUGCAGAGUUAAUCAACACAGGAAAAAACCCGGUUGGUGAAUGUUGUAAUAUUGUAUAAACCGUCAUCUCUCGAUGUUCUCAGAACAUCUUUUAAGUUUUGCUGCCCCAUGUAGGAAAAUAAACGGACGCCAUCUCAGUUUCCCUAAUGUUGCUGCCUUGAUGUGUUUGUGUUCUGUGUUGAUAUUUUGAUGCACAAUAUUUUUAUUGACUUAAGAGACUGGUGUAAAAUAUAAAUUUGCUCUGUGAAAUUAAAAGACUACUGAAAGAA